CAAAGAAGAGAUAGAGGCAAGGCGCCAUUUUUUGUUUACAUUUGAUUUCAACGCCUAAACCAUUAAAUGUUAUGGGUUUGAAGCUAUUUCCAACUGCGAAACGAGAAUAAAGAUAGGAACACUACAAGGGAUGUUUGUGUAAUGUGAUUUAAACAUUCAAUUCUGAUGGAGGAAAGAAAAUCAAGCAUGUGGGAACACGGCGAGCGGUUUGUAAAGAAGCUAAAAACAAACAACACCCCUGGUUCAGCAACUUCAAAAGAGGAGCCUUGCGAUGCUGUGACUCCAGUUACGCCAGAGUCUGGAUAUGGGAGUGCAACGUUGACACCCGAAUCCAAUCCUUCAGAUGACACGGAAAAGCAAACAACAGUAUUUGAACAGAGAACAAAUGUCGAUAAGUUGAAAACAUUUUUGCAACGGAACUUUCGACGUUUAAAGGAAGAAAUUGAUCCACAAGAAUUGUCGGAUUAUUUGCAUCAAAAUGGAGUUAUAUCAACUUGUGAUAUAGAAAAGGUUUAUGAAACAAAAGGACGGAGAAAUAAGGUGGACGUUAUGAUUAAAGCUAUCGUUAACUCAAAGGAUAUAUUCGACACACAAACAACAUCGAAGGUUUUCGAUGGUUUUGCAUCGAUCGGACGAUCAGACCUUGUCGAGACAUUCCAUGACGACUUUCCCACAGAGGAAGCAUAUACAGUCAAGGACACAUUUACAAAAGCUCAAGCCUACACACUCAUUAAAAAAUAUUGGCAUAUGCUGAAGAAUGAGGUUGAGCCACUCCUUGUUAUUGAUAGUCUUCUUGAAAAAAUGAUUUUAAACUUUGCACAACAUGAAAAUAUACGUGAAAGUGGCAACUUUAAUCCGACAAGAAUGGCACUCUUAUGUGCAAUUGUUUUAGACAAACCUCCGAUUGCUUUUCUUCGCUUUUGCGAAGUUUUAAAGGAAACUAGGAUUUACGAAAAUAUUGGUCAGGCCCUUCUUAAUCAUAAAGCAGAAGAUAUAACAGAACUAACAUUGCCAAAUACCAUGCCGCUGGAAAUCGAUUUGCAAUUGGAAUGUUCAAUUAGAGUAUCUAAAAAGAAUGACCACAGUGAUACUGAAAUUACAAUUGACCUUGGCUCUAAAGAGUUGGAAGAAAUGAUAGUAGAACACUACGAGGAACCUAGUGAUUUACAGUACGAGGCUAUGGAACUAGGAUUCGAUGUUGAAGACGUGACGUUUUCGUCCAUAAAAAUAAGACUCAAGGGUUUUACAGACCUAUCAGAUUUGAAUUUGAUGCAAAGGCUACAUAUUCAUAAAGUACUGAAGUCAGUCAUAACUGCUGAACACUUUAAGUUGAUGCGCGAAAAGAACCUUAAGUCAAUCGCCGUAACUGUACUCACGCGUGGAAAUCCGUCAAACUUUGACGAAGAAACAUGCUUUUGCAAACUCAAGAAAGAAGACAUUGUUAAAAAUUUCUCAACUAUCGAACAACGCCUUAAGCAUGUGGGCACAUUUGUCAAAGCUAUAACCGAAUCGAACCUAGUAACAGAUGCGCAGAAAAAAGAAUGGUUUGAAGCUAAAACUGAUGUAGACACUUGCCUUAGACUGCUAAUAGACGGUGACGAUAGAUGUGUGUGCCUGUUGGAAAAGCAUUUACGAGGAACGGGUCAAAAUAACUUGCUUAAAGAUUUAACUGCAAACAAUGUUACUGUUUCAACAUCUGAGCUACUAUCAGAAGAUAUUUGGAAGCAAAGAGAAGUUAUAAUUGAUGAACUUGAACCGAAAAGAUUUAUGAAUAUGCUUCGAGACAUAGAUGGGUCUGCUGCAAUUGUUGAUGUUAUCAUGAACAAAGACUUGUCGAGACGAGUGCGGUGCGAUGCAAUGGUAACAUUUCUCGAAAAUAAGGGCGCCACAAAACAAUUUCAGGAAGAACUUGAAAAACAAAAGAUGUACGAUUUGAUUAAUCUGCUAAAAUCCAAAAACGACACAUUAAGUUCAAGGUGUAUUGAUCAAGUUAAAGAGACACUUAUCAGUUCAAUGGAUGUAAUCUUUGAAAAUAUCGAACCGUGGCUAUUCAAGAAGUACCUUGUCAAAGAACCAGAGUUUAGUGAGAAAGAAUUUGAAAUCAUAUGCAAACAUACGGAGCGGAAAAGACGGGUGUUUUUAAUGAUGCAAAAAAUACUUAAGGGAGAUGAAAUACUGAUAGCAAGAUUUAUGAACGCUCUUGAACAACUACGUUACACUGGACCAUUGAAGCACAUCAAAGAAAUCACAGACAAAUAUCAUGGUUGUCCAAGACUACUCACGAAAGACAAAUCAGCGGAGGUGGUUUGGAAAUCUCAUGUUAAGUUCAAAACAUGCAUACAUGAAAAACACAAAAAAGAGGAAUACCUGUCGGUCCCAGCCAUUGGUUUUUGCGAUAAAACUGAAAAAUUAAACCGAAACCCAGUUGGAGUUGCUGAUUGGAUAAAUCAAAUUCCAGCGGAAACCGAGCGGCCAGAAAUUCACAUUAAAGAUGAAUUAGAUGAUGAUGUCCCGACCAUCCUAGAACUUAUUUGCGAAGAAGAAACACCUUACUCCAGUGCCAUAGAAGAGAUUCUGAUUUUGUUGACAAAUAUGCCGCAUAGUCAAGUCAAACGAAAGUGGACAAACUCAUUACCCGACGACGAUUUAUCAUACACGUCCUCUUGGUCACCCUCCAGUGUUUUCUCUGGUGAAUCGGUGGAUAGUAUACUUGAUUUUGAAAUAACUGUUUCUGAAUGUGCUGAAAUAAAGAUUCAAACGAGCGUUAAGGACGGACUAGAGAAUUCCUAUUUUUCGGCGUAAGCUGUAUUAAGCCAGCUUUUCACCUCUCCUGACCUUUGUAAGUGUCCAAUAAAAUUCAAAUAAAAUUUCCCGCGGCUAGGUACGAAUGAAUACACUUCAUUUAUUCCAUUGGCUGAUUUGAGUAUUCCACCAGAACAUUGGAAACAUAUCCGCGUCUUUGUAACACUGUUUUACUGCAUGAAACAAUUUUAUUUCUAAUGCCCGACAAACCACUUAAAUAGAUUUGUUCGAAGAACGCGCCUAUAAAUACGGAUACUUCGCGUGUGGCCGGUUGACUCAUAUGUUUUCACUUCCAUUCUUCUUUUGGUUUUCUGUUUUGUAUCUAUAGGAUUAUGACCAGCAAUAUGUAAUAAUGUAAAAUAAGCCGCGAAAACUCCGCGUAACAUCCCGUACUGCGUGUGAUGCAGCUAAGAACUGCACAGAAAAAAGCCAUUCGCUAUCCUUGAUCUCAUUCAUUGAACUAUCAACGCCGUAUAUCUUUUUUAAAGAUAUUUCUUGUUUCCAAGGUAUCCAAAUGAUUAUGACCAAUCAGAAAGCUCCUUGGAAAGCAAACCUUCCAUAAAAGGUUCUGGUUUUAUCAGGCAAAGAAAUGUAUGCAUAACAUUGUUUUAAACAAUUGCAUAUUAUUGAUAACUUUGUAAAAAGGAUAUUGUUUUGUCAGUAUGAAUUAUUAUUAAUCGCAUACUAUGCCAAAUUGGUUCACUCAAACAUACCUUUUUAAUGUUUUGAACUUUACAUGGUAAUUUUUUUUUGUAUAAUAUAUUUUGUAUACUGUUUACAUUUUAUAAUCUUAAAAGCUUGUUAUGCUGUUUAUAGCACUGAGGUUUGUAUAUAUAUGUGUGUACAGUUUUUAGUACUACUGCUUAAUGAUUUUGCGUAAUGCCAAAUAGCCACAUUGUCAUCAACUUUACACUAGGCAAAUUUUUUAAAGCACCAUAGACUUCAAAGUUGCUUUCAAAUCUAAAUUUAGGCCAUAUACAAUUUAAAGCCUCCAUGAACAUGUACUUCUCAUGAUAUAUUUCCGACACUAAUUUUGAUGUAGUGGUGUUUAAGUUUAACCCUAUAAUGCAAAAAUCGCUAAAAAAUUAACGUUUUUUUUUAAGUUCAUUUAUUAAACAAUCUUCAAAUAAUGUAGAACUACUAUGGAAUACGCAUGAAAUGCAAUCAACAUAAACCUGUCCUUUUAUUAGUGUCUUCAUAUCAAUAUUACUUGGUGUGUCCGUAUAUGGCACAAAUAAACCAACAUUAUUUUGCCGAUUAUGCAUGCUCCAGGGUGUAAGUAGUUGUCCGCGCCAGAGGAGACCAUCAUCAGUAAUAGUUUUGUGAACACACACUUUGUUUGGAAUGUUUUACUUCGUGUAUAUGCAAUAUUGCUUAUUGUUUCAUUAACCAUGCCAUUUGUAAAAUUGGGGUUCAUACAAAUUGAUGAGAUUCUACUUUUAAUAUGCAGCAAUAUUUAUGAAUUUUGAAUUUUAGGGUUAUCUGACUUACAAACCAAAUAUGAACGUUGAUGUAAGUAGUUUAUCAUUGAAUGUGAAUGAUGGUGAGGAUACACGAUUCUACUUUCACAGUGCUUAAUGUCAAUAGAUAGUUUAAUAUUUAAAAUAGCGAGUCUAUUCGAUGUUGCGGAUAUAACCUUAAAUACCUUUAAGUGUGUGAGCAUGACUAAAUUUGUUUUAUUUCAUUGUUUCAUAUUAUGGUAAGUUCUUCCACGUUUACCUCCGAGGUUAAAACGUUGAAUGCGUUAACACGGUAAUGUGUAAUGCUUACUCCACGUUAUCACAUGCUAUUGCGUGUAUAAAACAAUACGCUUUAUUACAAAAUCGUUUCUGUUCGACAGAUGUCAAUGUUUCUUUACGGUUGCAUUAAGCGAUUGACAAGUGUGUGUAGGAUCGUAGUGUUGCAUUACGUAUCAUUACGAAACAAGAAGCAAGUGAGUACUGAGGAUUUUCACAUUUGAAAAUUUUACGACAAUGUUGCAUGAACAUAUAUGUUAAUUUUAUCGUUUAUUUUAUGAGUUAGAUUUUUUCAAUAUUUGUCUUUAAAAAUUUACCUUACACUUACAUUAAGUAGCAAUAUAUUUGAUUCACAAUAAAUUAUAUCAUACAAUUAAUAGUUAAUAUAAUAUUAUUCAUAAUAAUAUAGUAAUUAGUGUAAAAGCGGGUUUUUAAUAUUUUAUCUCAAACAUUUUAUCAGCAUUGUUGUUACAUUUUUUAAUGCUUUACCAUUAUUUUAAAUGUCUUUUUUAACAUGUUUAGUUGUUUUAAUAAGGGAUCUUUACUCCAUUUCUUUUUGUGUAUAUUAUGUAAUAUGUAAUUAUGUCAGAAUGUAAUUGAGCAGUGGUCAAAUUUAUGAAGAUUGAUUCAUUUAUUUCAAUCCGUUUUAAAAUAACACUGUUUUUCUUUGAAAUAAUAUAAUGAAAUUGUUAUAUAAAUGUUAACUUGUCUAGUUGCAAUUUAUACAUUGUGUUGACAAUUUUUAAUAAGCAUCGAAGUUAAGCCGUUUAAGUUAAUAUACUUGAAUAAUUCCUGCUUUGUAAUAUGGAUUAUUGAUAAUAUGAUAAGGUGUCUGGAGCUUAACAAACAAGGAAAACAUUUUUUUUUAAAUCGUACUUGAUAUUUUAUAUUGCUAACAAGCAUUUCAUAAACCUGAUACAGACAACCUACAAACUCUAAAAAACAUUUAGAUAAUCAACAGGUCAUGUAGUAUGCUUUAUAAAAUAUAGCAGUAAUUAUUGCAGUAGCUAAUGUUUUAUAAUAGCUUUAAUUCAUAUCAUUAACAUUCUUAAAAUGCAUCUUUAUUGUUGUAGAAAACAUUUAGGAACAGACACGAUACUAUAAUAUUUCAUUUGUAUGAAAUCGCCAAAGAUAAAAUACAUUCCAAUACAGUUUGACAGUACAUUUUGAAAAAACAAAAUCUGCUCCAGUAUAAAAUGUAAAAAAAGAUUUUUCUUGUUACUUGAAAGUUCAAUUUAUACAUAUUUCUCUUGAUUAUUUCUGCUCAACCAGUUUUAAUGUAAGUGUCGCCAAACUUUAAGAAAAUUUAACUAAGCAUAAAUGGAGGGCAAGGUAAAAUAACCAAUUAAAGAAUCAUACGAUGGGGGCAUAAUUAUAAUAUCUCAGAAGUAGUUAUUUUUCGUUUUAACUUAUAUUAACUUUAACAAUGUAUCAUGCGAAUUUGUUUACUGGAUUUCUUUGCGAGUAAUUACAGGUGUUGCCUUUAAACAUUUUAUAAACAUCCGAAUUACUUGAAUAUUGGAUAUGUAUCAGAAGAUGGCUUCGUUUUCUGUGUGUCUGUUUCCAGUUGUAUGAAUACAUAUUUAGUUUCAUGUUAAAAAUUUAAAGCUUACCCCCAUUUUUGCACAUAUUCCGACCUCCUACAAUAUUUACUUUGAACAAAGAUAUUGUCAAAACAGCAAUAUCAUUAACUGUUUGCAUUGCCUUCUGUCAUAUAAUAUAUGUCCUUGUCGAAUUAAGAAGGAUUUUAUUAUAAGGCUUCUUUGAAAAUUCGAUAAAAAGCUAGUUAACUCUGUAAAGACGAAAUGAUAUUUUGACUAAAGUUAAGAAAAUAUCUUUGACCACAAACAAGAUCACUGAACAACAUAAAACAUUAAGUAUUUAAGUGAAAGAAGUCCAUAGCUCUUCAAACGUGAUAAAACUUGGUCAAACUGUUGUAUCAAAUUAAAAAAGUGUGUAUUAAUAUGAAAGAAACAAACACAUGUCAUUUACUUCAAUGUCAAAAUUAUGUGUUAAUUAAAAUAACAUAAACUUGUGUUGAAUUGUCAUAAAUACCUUGUUUUUAUAUAAUCCAGAAUAUUUGACUAUUUUAUCAGAUUAGUUUUUCCAAAAAGUGUAAACAAUUUAAAAUACGAACCGUUUGUCCCACAAUGUUUUACUUUAUUCAUAAUACUUCUCGGGUAUCGAAAUCAGCUGCAUCAAGAAUUUCUUAAUUUUGUAUCAAGUUCAUGAUACAUCAAUUGUUAACAGUGUAUAAAUAUUAAAAUCUAAAUUUUGUACUCAUUGUUAUAAUUUUAGUAACUUGUAUAUUGUUUAUAUUGUUGAUUGCUUAUAGAAAUAACUACAUGUUAUAUAUCGUAUGAGUAUUUGUAUUAAAAGAUUUUGCUGACAUUAUAAAAUACCGUUACUCAUACAAAUGCAAUCAUCAUCAUCAUCAUCAUCAUCAUCAUCAUCAUCAUCAUCGUCGUCGUCGUCGUCGUCGUCGUCGUCGACGUCGUCGUCGUCAUCAUCAUCAUCAUCAUCAUCAUCAUCAUUGUUAUCAUCGUCAUCAAUCACAGUCAAUGUAAAUCAUCAUCAUCAUCAUGUAAAGUGUCAAUAAAUGGAAUUGCAUAAAUUUA